AUGCCAUCUAAAGAGCGCCAAACCGCCGACACUAUUGUCCAAGCAUACAACCGUAUGGACAUCGACACCAUUGUCAGCCUUCGAACACCGGAUUGCAAACGCAUCUUCCUCCCAUCCUCUCUCAAAUACCCAUCACAGUCAAACGACGCAUUUCGCGCGAAUCUUACGUCCAUGAAGUCCAUCUUCACGAACUUCAAAGUUACCGUUCACGAUGUAAUCGAGAGCGGUUCGACAUCAGCAAUCGUAAUAUUCGCAAGCGCUCGAGGUGAUACGCCAAUCGGCGUGUACGAGAACGAGUAUGUCUGGAAGAUGACUUUUGAGGAGGGAGGGGAGAGAGUGUGUGGGUGGAGUGAGUUUGUGGAUGUUGGCAUGGCGAGGGACUUUCUUCCCAAGUUGAUGGAGGAGAUGAAGAGGAGAGCUACGCAAGGAGCUGGACAAUGA